GGCGGUGCCGGGGCUCCCAUCAUGGCGGCGGUGCGGCUUUCCCGUCUCUGCCUUUGGGCUGCUCUGCUUCUCCCUGCGGCCGCGGUCUAUGAAGACCAAGUGGGCAAGUUUGACUGGAGACAGCAGUAUGUUGGGAAGCUCAAGUUUGCCUCCUUGGAGUUUUCCCCUGGAUCCAAGAAGUUGGUUGUGGCCACAGAGAAGAAUGUGAUUGCAGCAUUAAAUUCUCGCACUGGAGAGAUCUUGUGGCGCCAUGUUGACAAGGGCACAGCAGAAGGGGCUGUGGAUGCCAUGCUGCUCCACGGACAGGAUGCCAUCACUGUGUCCAAUGGAGGCCGAAUCAUGCGUUCCUGGGAGACUAACAUCGGGGGCCUGAACUGGGAGAUAAGCUUGGACAGUGGCAGUUUCCAGGCGCUUGGGCUGGUUGGCCUGCAGGAGUCAGUGAGGUAUGUUGCGGUCCUGAAGAAGACCACUCUUGCCCUCCAUCACCUCUCCAGUGGGCACCUGAAGUGGGUGGAACAUCUCCCAGAAAGUGACAGCAUCCACUACCAGAUGGUGUAUUCCUACGGCUCUGGAGUGGUGUGGGCCCUCGGAGUUGUUCCCUUCAGCCACGUGAACAUUGUCAAGUUUAAUGUGGAAGAUGGAGAGAUUGUUCAGCAGGUCAGGGUUUCGACUCCAUGGCUGGAACGUCUCACUGGAACCUGUGGCGUGGUUAAUGAGGCUGUCCUGGUGUGUCCCGACCCGAGCUCACGUUCCCUCCAAACUUUGGCCCUGGAGACGGAGUGGGAGUUGAGGCAGAUCCCUCUGCAGUCUCUCGACUUGGACUUUGGAAGUGGAUUCCAACCUCAGGUCCUGCCCACACAACCCAACCCAGUGGAUCCUUCUCGGGCCCAGUUCUUCCUGCAGUUGUCCCCAAGCCACUAUGCUCUGCUGCGUUACCAUCACGGGGUCCUGAGUUUGCUCAAAAACUUCCCACAGACUGCCCUAGUGAGCUUUGCCACCACUGGGGAGAAGACGGUGGCUGCAGUCAUGACCUGUCGGAAUGAAGCGCUGAAACCUAGCAGUUCUGAAGAUGGGUCAGUGGGGAGCUUUUCUGAGAAGUCUAGCCCAAAGGACUCGCUGGCUUGCUUCAACCAGACCUACACGAUUAACCUCUACUUAGUGGAGACAGGUCGGCGGCUGCUGGACACGGCAAUUACAUUUAGCCUGGAACAGAAUGGCACUCGGCCUGAACGGUUCUACAUCCAAGUGUUCUUGAAGAAGGAUGACUCAGUGGGCUACCGGGCCUUGGUGCAGACAGAGGAUCAUCUGCUAUUUUUCCUGCAGCAGCUGGCAGGAAAGGUGGCGCUGUGGAGCCGCGAGGAGUCCCUGGCAGAAGUGGUGUGCCUGGAGAUGGUGGACCUCCCAUUGACUGGCGCACAGGCUGAGCUGGAAGGGGAAUUUGGCAAGAAGGCAGAUGGCUUGUUGGGGAUGUUCCUGAAACGUCUCUCGUCUCAGCUCAUCCUGUUACAGGCGUGGACAUCUCACCUCUGGAAAAUGUUCUAUGAUGCUCGGAAGCCCCGAAGUCAAAUUAAGAAUGAGAUCAACAUCGACACCCUGGCCAGAGAUGAAUUCAACCUCCAGAAGAUGAUGGUGAUGGUAACAGCCUCAGGCAAGCUUUUUGGCAUUGAGAGCAGCUCUGGCACCAUCCUGUGGAAGCAGUAUCUACCCAAUGUCAAGCCAAACUCCUCCUUUAAACUGAUGGUCCAGAGAACUACGGCUCACUUCCCCCACCCCCCACAGUGCACCCUUCUGGUAAAGGACAAGGAGACGGGGAUGAGUUCUCUGUAUGUCUUCAAUCCCAUUUUUGGGAAAUGGAGUCAGGUGGCUCCCCCAGUGCUGAAGCGCCCAAUCUUGCAGUCCUUGCUUCUCCCAAUCAUGGAUCAAGACUAUGCCAAGGUGUUGCUGUUGAUAGAUGAUGAGUACAAGGUCACAGCUUUCCCACCCACUCGGAAUGUCUUGCGACAGCUACAUGAGCUUGCUCCUUCCAUCUUCUUCUAUUUGGUGGAUGCAGAGCAGGGACGACUAAGUGGAUAUCGGCUUCGAAAGGAUCUUACUACUGAACUGAGUUGGGAGCUGACUAUUCCUCCAGAAGUACAGCGGAUUGUCAAGGUGAAGGGGAAACGCAGCAGUGAGCACGUUCAUUCCCAAGGCCGUGUGAUGGGGGACCGCAGUGUGCUCUACAAGAGCCUGAACCCCAACCUGCUGGCCGUGGUGACAGAGAGCACAGAUGUACACCAUGAGCGCACCUUUAUUGGCAUCUUCCUCAUUGAUGGUGUCACUGGGCGCAUCAUCCACUCCUCUGUGCAGAAGAAAGCGAGGGGCCCCGUCCACAUCGUGCACUCGGAGAACUGGGUUGUGUACCAGUACUGGAAUACCAAGGCUCGGCGCAAUGAGUUUACUGCACUGGAGCUUUAUGAGGGUACCGAGCAAUACAAUGCCACUGCUUUCAGCUCCCUGGACCGUCCCCAGCUGCCUCAGGUCCUCCAGCAGUCCUACAUCUUCCCCUCUUCCAUCAGUGCCAUGGAAGCCACCAUCACUGAGCGGGGCAUCACCAGCCGACACCUGCUUAUUGGGCUACCUUCUGGAGCAAUUCUUUCCCUUCCUAAGGCCUUGCUGGAUCCCCGCCGUCCUGAGAUCCCAACAGAACAAAGCAGAGAGGAGAAUCUAAUCCCGUAUUCUCCAGAUGUACAGAUACACGCAGAGCGAUUCAUCAAUUAUAACCAGACAGUUUCCCGAAUGCGAGGUAUCUACACAGCUCCCUCAGGCCUGGAAUCCACUUGUUUGGUUGUGGCCUAUGGUUUGGACAUCUAUCAGACUCGAGUCUACCCAUCCAAACAGUUUGAUGUCCUGAAGGAUGACUAUGACUACGUGUUAAUCAGCAGUGUCCUCUUUGGCCUGGUUUUUGCCACCAUGAUCACUAAGAGACUGGCCCAGGUGAAACUCCUGAAUCGUGCGUGGCGGUAAAGACCAAAGACUCCAAGCCAGAGAGUGGAGAGAGGGGGAGUGUGGGUCGGAUAAGAGGCAACAGCUGCAGUUUGCAGAGCAGUGGAGUGUGUGAUGGGUGCUCAUCUCAGUUCAGAGUUGUGAGGAAGAAGAUGAACCGUCAUGUAGAACUUCUUUUGGGAUACACGUGAUGCAGAACACUAUCGUGGUAGAGACUGAAUUCACUCUCUCAGCUGAGGAUCUCAAAGCAGCUUGAUGGACUUUUCCCAUGAAGCCCAAAGACUGCUAUGCCAUUUCCUUUCUUUGCCCAUCCAUGAAUGUUCUGUUUUUUGAGUUUUUUUAAUAAGACCUCCAACUGAUUUUUCUUUUUUGAGGCCUGUUUAAAUUGAUUUUAGUUUUCCUUCUGUGUUUCCGAGUUUUAUCUAGAAAUCCUUCUGACUUUUUCCCUGCCUCUUGCAAGAAGUCAGAAGUUUUUCUUGUCACCUCCACCUUAUAGGUGCAUUUGCUCUUUUACAUUGGAGAGGCACAGGAUCCAUCCCUAGCUGAGGUUUGAGGACUGAUUGAGCCUCUUAUGGCUUUGCUUCGGAGUAACCAAGGAUUGAGGAAUCUAUAUAUAGUGUCAAAACUAAUUUUUACUAAUCCUCUAGUUUCAUGCUCUCAUUAUGAGGUUGGGUCACCAGUCUUUGUCUCAGUUUAUGAAAAGCCAGGUGUAUAAUAGCACCUUGGUUUGUUGGUCAUUGCCUAUGCUUUUCACCUGAGAUGUGUCAGAACCGAGGCCUUUUUAAAACUACUGACUGCCUGAACCUUGAAGAUUUCAAGGGAGGAGAAUCUGCCUGUUUCACAGUAACUUGUAAUCUCUCGUUUCACCCACAGGCUGGUCUAGUCAUAAUGUAGUUAGAGAAAGGUGUCCUUAAGAACCCCAUUAUUUAUUUUUAGUUUUAGAUAUAAAUUAACAUGUGGGUUAUUAUGUUUCUCUUUAAAUGAGAUUUAAAAUCUUAUUGAUCUAACCUUGGAAGCUUUAAAAAAGGGAAGAAAAAGAGUAGGGAUGGGAAAGUGGUGUAUUAAGGGCUUAGCUUUGCUGACGGGCAGGGCUGCUGAGUCUCUACUACAAAUUAAAGAAAUCCUAAAAGUCUUCUCUUGUUCAUGGAUUUUGUGUGUGUGUGGUGUGUGUGUGUGUGUGUGUUAUGUGUGUGUGUGGUGUGUUGUGUGUCCGGUACAGGGAUCCGAACCCUUGACCCUGGUGUGGAAUUUGUCUUAAACGUGAGGAAUGAGCUGCAGAGAGUAGACCAUCACUAGCCCUGUGGUGAGAGGGGUGCACUCAAGUGUCUGAAUAAAGCAAAUGAUGAAUGACA